AACCCCACUCGUCAACAUGAAUGAACGUGUCGUGACGACAAACUAGUGUCGAAUUUUCUUCUUAAUUCAGAAAAGUCCGUUGAUAUAGCCCACAAAAAUAUCACCUUCAAAUUGUUGUCAAAAAAUAUAUAUAUUUUGAUAUAUCAGAAUAUCGUGUCCCUGUGCGUUUUUAAAUCAAGCGGGAAAAUCAAAUUGCACUUUAAUGCAAUUUUAAUGGAAAUAAUCAUAAGAGCCAUUAAACACUUGGAGUGAUCGCUGGGCAACCCGUUUUUGUCAGACCGACCACGAGCGUCUCGCAGGUCUCAACGUGUUUUCAAGAGGUACGCCGCAGCGCUACCAACAACAAGUUCAAACUUGGCCAUAUUAUCACAGUUAACAAGUGGGACCGCUCCGGCAUCUGCAUUUGUAUCUGCCUUUGUGUCUGUGUGUGUGUGUGUUUUUUCGCGCGCGUGUGUUUGCGCUAUUUGGAAAACGCGUUUGCGGUUUUCAUCAAACCGAAAUAAAAAAUCAAAAUAAAAUGGAAAGUGUUCGUGCCAAUCGGCUCCCAAUACCGCUGAUCUGAUCGCCUCGAUCUCUAAACAAACCUGAAACAACAACAGCAACAAAAAGCUUCUUGCCAUUGCGAUGUUAUGCCUGAGAAUGGAUGCUCAAUGACAAAUGAAUUAAAGCCCCAAAGCAGGCCCCAAGAAGCGCUCAGAGUUUAGCUAAACAUUCCCGCAACACAGAGAACAGAGAACGAGUAUUGAAUAUCCAGCGAUCGAAUGCAAUGGCAAAGCAAAUCGUUUGUGGUUAGGCUUUAGACUAUAGAAAAACGAUUUAACCCAACGGACAGGAGUGUGGAGAGCAGAGGAGAGCAGAGCAGAGCAGAGUGGAUUAAAAUGCCAAUAAUAACAGCCACAACAACGACGAUAGCCGGAGGUGGAGCGGGCGGGGCAGCCAGAGGCGUACCAAUGGCCAAGACAACAGCAGCGUCAUCGUCUGCCGCUGAUUAUCUAAUGCUCCAACAGCAACAACAGCAUCAGCAGCAGCAGCAGCAGAAACAACAGCAGCAGCAGCACUUUACCAAUCACUUCUAUCAACAGCAGCAGCCACAGCAGCAGCAGCAACAGUUGGCGCCUCUGAAUGUUUCCCACCAACACUCGCACUCACAUCCACAUCCACAUCCUGCUGCUGCUGCUACUACUGCCAGUGGCAGUGCCAGUGCCGGUGCUCCGGUCUCAACUAGUUUUGCAGCAUUUAACGGAAACUCGAAUCUAAGUUCUAGCCUGGCCAACGGAAGUGGCAAGAAAUUCACUUGCAGCACCAGUGACAGCGCCGAUGAUAAUUGUGAGGCCGCUGUGGCAAGUGGCUCAGAUGUGGCUGGUAACGGCAGCGCGGAUAAGUCUGCAAUGGCGCCACCCGGCAUCCACCACCACCACCAGCACCAGCACCACCAUCUGCCCCCACCGCCACCGCCAGCAGUGAAGAAAUCCUCCCCUGCAACAGCGGCAGCGGCAGCCACAGCUACAGCUGCGAACUCUGCCUCUCGCGAAGAUGUUGCUUCGCUGAGUGGCACCUCCUCGCUGAACAGCCAAAUGUCGGCGGUGCACAAUCAGUUUAUUGGCGGACUGCCCGGCAAUGGAAUAACCAAUAAUGGAAUCAACGGUGGCCCAGCCAUAGGACGACCGCCAGGACACCCGAGCAGCAUUCUGAAAGGCAGCAAAGAGAAUCUCCUGCAGAACACGUACUACAACGGCGAGGCUGGUGAGGGCAGUCUGGGCAGCGAGUGCGGCGGCGGAGAUGGCAACCACGAUGAUCCAGGCGAUGGCCUGGGACCACUGCCCCCUAAAUGGGAGACCGCCUACACCGAACGCGGCGAAUUGUACUUUAUAGACCACAACACUGGAACCUCCCAUUGGCUGGACCCUCGCCUGUCCAAGUACCAGAAGAAGUCGCUGGAGGACUGCUGCGAGGACGAGCUGCCCUACGGCUGGGAGAAGAUCGAGGACUCCAUGUACGGCAUGUACUUUAUCGAUCAUGUGAAUCGCAGGACGCAGUACGAGAACCCCGUGCUGGAGGCCAAGAGGAGAGCUGCCGACAACAAACAGCAACAGCAACAGAAUCUUCAGCAGCAGCAGCAGGAGCAGGAUCAGCGUUCCAAGACGCCAACGGCGGUGGACGGGAACCUUCUUCCUGCGGAGGUGGAGGAUGAAGCGCCACUCAAGCUGCUCUACAAGUUCACCCGCAAUCCCGCAGAGCUGCAGGGCCAGCGCAUCAACACCACGCUGCUCAAGUCCACCCGUGGCCUGGGAUUCACCAUCGUUGGUAGCGACGGCAGCGCUGGCGGCGAUGUGGAGGAGUUCUUGCAGAUCAAAACCGUGGUGCCCAAUGGUCCCGCCUGGCUGGAUGGUCAGCUGCAGACGGGCGACGUUCUGGUCUAUGUGAACGACACCUGCGUCCUGGGCUACACGCAUCACGAUAUGGUAAACAUAUUCCAGUCGAUACUGCCCGGGGAGAGGGCUGCCCUGGAGGUGUGUCGCGGCUAUCCGCUGCCCUUCGAUACCAACGAUCCCAACACGGAGGUGGUGACCACCAUGGCUGUGGAUGGACGCGACUCCGACAAGCAGCGUCGCCUCAACAUGGAUGGCAACUACAACUUUCUAGACCUGUCCGGAGAAGGGGCCGGCAAGGCGAGUGGCAGUGGCUUCAUUCUGAUGAAGAAGCCGGAACUCUACACCUUCUCGAUCAUGAAGGGAGCUAUGGGCUUUGGCUUCACCAUUGCCGACUCCGCCUGCGGCCAGAUCGUCAAGAAAAUUCUUGAUCGCAGCUGCUGCACGCAGCUAAUGGAGGGCGAUGUCCUGCUGGAGAUCAAUGGAAUCAACGUUCGGAACAAGCCGCACUUCUAUGUGGUCGAGCUGUUGAAGGAGUGCAGCCAGACGACGCCCACAGCCGUGAAGAUCCAGCGCACGCCCCCCGAUCCGCCUGCCAAUCCGCUCAGUCAGCUCGGUCAGCUCAAUCAGGUGGGGAACGUGGCCAAGCUGCGCAAGAACUUUGUGGGCAGCGGUCUCUUCCGCAGCAAGACCCCCACGGCGGACCUGUACAGCACCCAAGUCAAGGAGGUGCUGCCGAUGCGCCCGAAGACGCCCUUGGUGGACACACGACGUGCCAGGGUCCAGACGCCCAGCAAUGAGGUGGAUGGCGAAGACGUGCCAGCGGAUGAGACGGAGGCGAGAAAGCCUCUACAGCUGCACACUCAGGGCAAGUCGAACAGCAGUCUCCAGGAGCUGGACGACAUACCCUUCAUGGAUCCCUAUCCCAAGAUGGUCAGUCGGCUGAGCGAACGCCUGGCGGAGGCCUCCCUUCAGGCGGAUAAUGGAGGUGGCAUCUAUGGCCUGCCGCCCAGCAUGCAGCCGUUGCCACUGCCGCUUACCCAUCACGAAUCCUGCUACUGCUACGACUGCCAGGCCCAGCGCUACCGUCCGGGCUACUUUGUGCCGCCGCAGCAGUCCACGAUCCCCGGAGGAAGCGGCCAGUACUCGCCCCUGCAGGCGGCCCACAUCCAGAACGAGCGGAUACAGCGGCGUGUCAACGAGCUGCUCAGCGAUCGCAGGCGCGUGGGCUUUGCCAACCUCGAUCCUCCGCAGCAGCAGAUGCAGCACUCGCCCAGCUGGCGCAACGGGGCCUUGCUCGAUGUCUCCGAGGACGCGGACCAGUGUGAGCUGACCGAGGUGACAUUGGAGCGUCAGGCUCUUGGAUUUGGUUUCCGCAUUGUCGGCGGCACCGAGGAGGGCUCCCAGGUGACUGUCGGGCACAUUGUCCCAGGUGGGGCCGCGGACCUGGAUCAGCGCAUAGCCACCGGCGAUGAGAUACUCAGCAUCGAUGGCAUCAAUGUGCUCAACUCUUCGCAUCACAAAGUCGUCUCUUUGGUGGGUGAAUCUGGUCUGCGUGGCCAGGUCACCAUGAUCCUGCGACGUCGACGAGGUGCACUUCUGCAGCAGGCUCCGCCACUCGUAACGCAGAUGCGGCGGUAUCCCUACGAUGUCAUUGUCAGCCGACACGAGAACGAGGGCUUUGGCUUUGUCAUAAUAUCCUCAUCGAAUCACUAUUAUGGCUCGACCAUAGGAAAACUGAUUCCCGGCAGUCCAGCGGAUCGUUGUGGGGAGCUCAAGGUGGGCGACCGCAUUAUAGCCGUGAAUCGGAUCGAAAUAGCUGGCAUGUCCCACGGCGAUGUUGUGAAUCUCAUCAAGGAGUCGGGUCUGCAUGUGCGUCUCACCAUUGGCUGUCCUUUGAAAGAGGGCGGACCCAGUCCCGGCGGCAGCAGUGCUGGUCUGGGCAGCAACACUCCACUCCAAGCAUCUCCCGGACAGAUUAAAGCGCCAUCACUGCCAUCACACCAGCAACAGCCGCAGCUACCGCAGCAAAACCAGCAAAGCAUCCAACAGCAACAGCAUAUCCAGCAGCAACUCCAACUCCAACAGCAACAUCAACAGCAUCAGCAACAGCUACAUCACCACCAGCAAUUGGAGAUGCCAAUGUCCAUGCCCAUGCCCGGACACGGUGGCUAUGUGGAGCGACCCAGUAACAAUAUUGCGGCCACUCUGGCCCUGCAUCAACAGCAGCCACAGUUAUGACUCUGAGAUCUACGAAUCCGGCUCUACAAGAGCUUUCUCUAGUGCUCGAUCGUGGGGAGAAUUGUUUGUAAUUAGUACUUAAUUAGGUAACCCCAAAGACUGAAUUUAGUAAGCCUCUGUAAAUCUAACACUUAACGAAUCUCGCGACCGUUUCGUGAAUGCAUCUUUUAUACCAGUCCCAUUAAGUGGCGUAGGCUUAGAGAUUAUCCAGACAUUACCCGUAUAGGCAUAUCAGAAUGUGAGAUAUUUACUGCAUUUUACUUACUGUUUUAUAUGUAUGUAUUCUAAUAUUAGAUUGUAAAUGUACAAAUGUAAAGGGCUUCAAUAUUUUAUUCACAAGUAUUUUAUAAAUCCGCAUACAUAUAUAAAAUUGAUUAAGCAGCUAUGACGUUGUUUCAUUGCAAUGGAGCUGC